AUGCGACGGUUGUCGGUACGCUAUCGACUUCAUCCACUGGCUGUUGAAGAUACGCUUGAUGCCGAUGUUGAGCGUCCAAAGUACGAGGAGUAUGACGAACACUCGUCACUUAUCGUGCAGACCAUCCACGCACGAGACUUGUCCAUGGGUAAAAAGUACCAGAGCAUGUAUCGUGCCUCAUUGUACGUGCAAGACAAGGACGUGUCACCGUUUGAAUGCAUGACGAAAAAAGAAUUGGAAGAUCAUUUGAGAAAGCUCAAUAUUGGCUGUGUCAUGACAGCACCACAACAGCUUAGUCUGUACAUUAUGGAUGAUGUCCUGAUCAGUGUUCAGGAGAGCUCAAGUACAUUAUGGGCGAUGCUAAAACAGAGAUUGGAUCGAUCGUACUCGAAGGUCCGUCAACACGGUACUGCUUUUCUCGUCUAUACGGAUUGUAGACGUUUGUGUGGGAUGAGUUGA